CCGGUCCGGUUUUGGUUUCGCGUUUGAACAUUUUUUUUUUUCGUAAAACGAGUGGGGCUAUUAAGCUGUGGUCCCCUCAACGUGACCAGACGAUCGGCAAUGAAAUUCGGGUAUAUAAAAGACAGGCCGAAGAGCGACAAACGUAUACAGUUUUUCGGUCCCGAAAAAGGUAUUAAACGACGCUAAAAAUGAAGGCAAUGAUCGUCGCUCUUUUCGCUCUCGUGGGCAUAGCCGCGGCCGGCAUAGCCGUGCCGCAGGCAUUCACGUACGGUGUGGCCGCCCCCUUAGCUUAUUCCGCGCCCCUCGCCUACUCGGCCCCGUUCGCUUACGCCCCUGUGACGUACGCCGCUGCCCCCGUCGCCGCCAUCCAAUCCGGGUACGUGGCGGCUAAUCGGGGCGCGGUGCACACCGCCCCCCUUCCCCAAGGCCCCCACGCAUUCAGCCAUCACCUCAACACCGCCCCCGCCCCCGGAACUCUGUAAAUUAAUUUCUUUAAAUUAUUUUCGAGACUAAACGAAUAAAAAAAAUA